AUGAUACUGCUACUAAGGCACCAGAGGUUGUUCACCUAUCAUCUCAUAAAAAGGAUAGCAAUACGAUCAGCUACUUCAUCUUCAUCUCCAUCUCCAUUAGAUCCUAUACUGAAUAAAAUAUGGAAAAGGAUUAACAAUAUAGAGUCAUCUACUAAUAGUCAUGAUGAAAGCAAACCCAUAUUCUCAGUUGAUGCCAACGACAAACCUUUAGAUCAACUCAAACAAUUGAUAGAAAUCCCAUUAUGGGAACUUUCUCAAAAAUUAAAUCAUAAAUCAUUUGAAGCUCCAUAUACUACUUUGAAUUCAGUAGAAUCACAAGACAUCGAUAUCAUUCUUAAUAACUUACAAUCUAACUUACAUCAAACAUUUCAAAAUUAUCUUACUAAUAAAGAUACUGAAAAUCCCAAUAUUAGAAAAAUCGAAGAUAUUAAAUUAAUCGAUUUUUUCAAUCCAAAACUUGUAAAUAUAACUCAAAUCAUAUAUCUGAUAAAUAAUAAUCAAUAUCCUAAGAAUUUCUUAAAAUUCAGUCAAGUUAAUUCUAAAUUAGGGUUAUUAACUCAACUAUUAACUAAUUUAUUAUAUAAAGAGUAUAUGGAAUUAAAAAUCCUCACUACCAAACCUGAAAAUAAUAUUUUUGAUAUAUCAAAUCCAGCAGAAUGGUUUCCUGAAGCUAGAAAGAUGAAAAGGAAAGUCAUCAUGCAUGUUGGUCCUACUAAUAGUGGAAAAACUUAUAAUUCAUUAAAGACUUUAUCUCAAGCCAAGUCUGGUUAUUAUGCGGGUCCAUUACGUUUAUUAGCUCGUGAAAUUUAUGAAAAAUUUAAUCAUGAUGGUAUUAAAUGUAAUUUAAUCACGGGUGAAGAAGUUAUACCUUCUAUGGAUGAAUAUGGUAGAGUAAGUCAAAUUUCUUCUGGUACGAUUGAAAUGAUUCCUUUACAUCGUAAAAUGGAUGUAUGUAUUAUCGAUGAAAUUCAAAUGAUUGCUGAUGAUAGAAGAGGUGCAUCAUGGACAAAUGCAUUUUUAGGUGUCUUAGCUAAAGAAAUUCAUUUAUGUGGUGAAGAAAGUGCUGUACCUUUAAUUCAAAAAUUAACCAAAAUAACGGGAGAUGAAUUGGAAAUCAAGACAUAUAAGAGAUUAGGAAAAUUAUCUACAACAAAGGAACCUGUUAAUAUUUUACGUGAUUUGAAAUCGGGUGAUUGUGUGAUUUGUUUUUCUAAACGGAAAAUUUUGGAAUUAAAAUGUCAAAUUGAACAAAAGACAAAUUUAAAAGUUGGUGUGGUUUAUGGUGCUUUACCACCUGAAAUCCGUUCUCAAGAAGCUCAGAAUUUCAAUGAAGGUACAACUGAUGUUUUAAUUGCAUCCGAUGCUAUUGGGAUGGGACUUAAUUUGAAAAUUAAACGAGUUAUUUUCCAUUCCUUAAGAAAAUUCAAUGGUAGUGAAAUGGCAGAUUUAGCAAUUCCAUCUAUUAAACAAAUUGGAGGUAGAGCAGGUCGUUAUUCUCAAGAAUUUGGUCAACUGGAAGGAUUUGUAAGUGCAAUGAAUAAACGUGAUAUCAAUCUUAUUCAAAAAGCCAUGAAACUGCCUAUUAUAAAUUUGAAAAAGGCAUGUGUUUGGCCUACUGAUUUAGUAUGGAAGCAUUAUAUGUCUAAAUUUCCUCCUUCUCAACCAUUUUAUGAUAUCUUGCAAGCCUUUGCAGUUGAAACUGUCCAAUUAAAGCUGAAUAAUUAUUUCAUAACGGAAUUAGAUUUCAGAUAUGAGAUUUUGAAAUUAUUCUUAAGAGAAGAUUUAUAUAAAGAACUUAAUAUUGAAGAUCAAUUAGUAUUAAGUUUAGCUCCCAUCAAUUUAAAUAUGGCAUCUGAUCAAGUUAAAGAAACGGCGUUUAAAUUUUUCCAAAUGAUUCGAAAUUGUGAAAGUAAGAAUAUAUUUGAUUUUAAUUUCUUAAAUCAAUCAGUUAUAACUCAAACUCCAAAGAUUACUGCUUCAGUGGGUGAUACUGUUAAUCUUUUAACGACGUUAGAAGAUUAUCAUAAAUUGGUAUUAUUAUUUAUGUGGUUGAGUCAAAGAUGGCCCACUUUAUUUGUGGAUAAGGAAAGUGCAUCAGAUAUGAAAUCAUUAAUUGAAAAGAGAAUCAGUCAGGAAUUAAUCAAUAUGAGAAGAAUGAAUUCUCGUUAG